AGGGGCCCCCACUGGGUCUGCUUGGGGACAUAGUGCCCGCCCAUUCAGCAGGACUGGGUACACCCCGCUCCCCGUUUCCUGAGCCUCCUUCUUGCCCCCAGCUCCCCUGCUGCCAAGAUGCCAUCACCAGGCACAGUGACCCCAGGACCGGGCCUGGGCAGCCCGAAGGAGCAAGGCCAGCAGCAGGCCCCAGGGCAGGUGGUCCAGAGGAGGGUGAGCAGCGGGGACAUGCCCAGCACCCACUACAGUGACGAGGCUGCACAGCCUGGCUGGGGCACCUUGUGGCGGUCCUUAUCCCGGGCGAGCCAGCGGGCCCGGGGCCCUGAGGGUGUGCUCAGGCGCAGCGCGAGACUCAUGUACCGGUCCCUGCGGAGAUCCCCAGAGAAGGGCAUGGCUGCCGACUCAGCUCACACGGCCACUGUGACCUCGAAGACCAAGCGCCCGGAGGCACCCUUGAGGGACAAGGAUGGUGUCAGCCAGCAGGCAUCCACUGGGGGACCUGAGGAUAUGGUAGCCGAAGCAGAAGGCAAGUCCGUGGCGGACCUCAUCACGGAGCGGCAGCUGCUGGCGGCCUUCACCCAAUUACAGGACCUGGAGACAAAGCUGGUGGCCGAGAAGACCUCGCGCGCCUACCAGCAGGACCCCACUGCCUUUGCGCGCCGCGCCAUGGACGUGUGUCUCCACUACGACUGUCUGGCCGCCGAGAUCGGCGCCAUGGUGCGCGAGACGCUGAGCCCGUCAGGGGUGGACACUGCUGCGCUAACCGAACUGGCCCGCGUGGUGCGUGCCGAGGAGGAGGCCCACCCGGCGCCCCCUGAGGACGGUGACUUCCUGCGCACGCCGCGCCGCUGGCGCCAGCACUGGGAAGACGCGGUGCGGCAGAGCGUGCAGGAGCGCGUGCGGCGGGCCAGCUCCGGGGAGGCCCCGCAGGACGACCAGCGCUCGCCUGGCCUGGCUCACCUUCUGGCCGCACUGGGCGGCCUGGUCCGUGGCGAUCUGCAGAAGGUGCGGCUGGAGGUGCAGCCUGCCUACGCGGCUGCCGGUUUCUCCGCCUGGGAGAUCUACCUGCAGGCUUUCCACGGCGCGGUGGCCCAGCGCCUCCAGGAGCUGGCACAAGAGGCCCGUGGCUGCGAACAGCUCUAUGUCCUGCUGGACUGGGCUGCCAAUGUCUACCGAAGCCCUGACUUCCUGGGUGCCCCGGACUUGGCGCUGCCCGCUGAGCCGCUGCCCCCACUGCUGGCGCCUGAGGUGUGGGCCGGGUUGGAGAAUGACUACACCAGAUUCCUAGAGACCAAGAUCGACAGCUGCUUCAACAGCAUCCUGCAGCUGGAGCGGAGGCGCUGGGCAGCUGCAGAGGCCCCUGAGGUGCUGCAGGGUCGCUACCACGCACCGCUCUCCAUCGAUGUGCACAUGCUCGUGGGUGAGCACGUGAAGGCGGCCCGGGCCAUCUCGACGGAGCUGGAGGCCACCACUUUGAGGAUCUGUGCGCAGGCCCUCGGCCUCUUCGUGCCCAGGUUUGAAAAGGCUUUUCUGGAGUCGGAGGGUGUGAGCGUGCCGCACCUGGGCGCCUACAUCAACGCUUUCGAGGAGCUCAGGACCAACCUUCUGGCCAGGUUCCCAGGCACCUUUGAGGAGCUGGAAAAGCCCCUGACCAGGACCACAUCCACAUUCCAGAAGCACCUGCUGGAGAGUUUGCAGAGUGAUGUGCAGCCACUCUUCAGGUUACUGUGCACCAGGGCCUGGCUGACCCAGGACGCGCUCCAGCCCCUCAUGGACAAGGUGGUAGCCUUUGCCCGCCAACUUGAGCUGGUGGCUCCCCCUCGGGGACAGGAGGUCUUGCACGAGGCACACCGAUAUGUGGUCCGGGAGUACCUGGUGCAGGCCCUGAGGCCGCGCGAGCGUUUUCGGGGCGCAGAGCGUGUGACUGGCUCCCAGAAGAUGAACCUAGAGGCCCAGGCCAUUGGUGACACCUUCCAGGGCCUGGGCUCAGAGGCCUCGUGGCUGGACCAGGCCAUCUCAGGCGUGUCUGAGAUCCUAGGUGAAACAAACAAGGACCGCAUCCAGCAGCACUUGGAGGAGCUAAUCCGGAGCUACCAGGACAUCAGGCAGGAGCAUGUGCUGGCCGUGUUGUCGCUGCGCCGACUGGGCCGCCGCCGGAACCAGCGCUUGCUGCAGCACACUCAGGAUCUGUUGAGGGCUGCCGCCAAGGCCGGGAGCUCGGGGGACACCGGGGGGCGCGUACUCUUCGAAGAGAUCGAAGUGCCCACCUCCAUGGACGUGCUGGUCACCUGCAUCUAAGGCUGAGCCCACGGCUGGGGUUGGGUCUUGUGGAGGAGGGCCAGCUUGGAGCCUGGAGAGGCCGGCACUCCUGGCCCUGGCCCUGGCCCCAAUCCAGAAGCCCCUGGUCAUGGAAUUUUCCCCUCCGCCGCGCCGCGCAUGCCUGCUUUUCCGGAAGGAACCCAGGGGAUGCGGCGGCCGUGGCAUUUGUGGGGGAGGAUUGAGGAGACUGGCGUUGCCCACUGCUCACCCAGAGGCCCUCCCCGCCUCCCCCAGCCCAGGGGGAUGAGCCAGAGUAUUUAUUUUAAAAUUCAAAACGAAUUAAA